AUGCUUCGGUCGCGCCGGAAUUCUUCCCCGGCGCCCUCUCGGGGAUCCGUCCGUUCGACCGCCUCCAGCCGCCGCCGUGUUCCAGCCAAAGGCGGCAAUCCGUGGACCAUUUCACGCAUCCGAAGCGAACUGAGCAACCGAGGCAUCCGUUUUCCGCGCAAUUCAAGGAAGGACGACCUCCUACGCUUGCUACAAGCAUCCGGCUUCCAAACGCAGACCGAUCAGCAUAAUCAGGUGCCCCUAAACCCAGGCCAGCGUUCCCCGGAGCUUUCUCCCAUAUUAUUCUCGGACCAGUUCGAAGGAGAUCGAGAGGCCGUAGAUCAGCUACUGGCCAAAGAAAUUCAGUCCGGUUUCAUGAUCGGCCCCUUCUCCGAACCCCCAUUUUCAAAUUUCAGGAUAAAUCCUAUCGGCGUUGCGACUCGGAAGUAUUCCGGAAAAAAACGACUGAUAGUCGAUCUCUCGGCUCCACAUAAUAGCCAAGUUCCGAGCAUCAAUAGUCUCGUGCCCUUCGAGGAUUAUUCGCUGUGUUACCAAACGGUAGAUGACGCUAUACGCCUGAUCAAGCUAGCAGGCCCCAAUUGCUGGCUAUUCAAAGCGGACAUUACUGCAGCUUUUAAAGUCAUGCCCAUUGACCCAGAUUUCUGGCAUUUGUUCGGCGUUAAGUGGCUAGGAAAAUUUUAUUUCGCCGUCAGACUGACGUUCGGCUGCCGCAGUAGCCCCAAAAUCUUUGACUGCCUUUCGGAAGCCUUGUGCUGGAUAUUACAAAACAAUCACAGUGUUCCGCUCCUAGUCCAUCUACUGGAUGAUUUCCUAACCGUGACACCUCAAUCAGAUCCUCCCGCUGCCGGGCGCGACACCUUAUUGAAAGUUUUCGAGUCACUAGGCGUGCCCAUUUCCGAGGAGAAAACAAGCGGUCCCGAUACAACAAUGGAAUUUCUCGGCAUCACCCUUGAUACCGUGAAGUCUAUCUCUUCGCUUCCGAAGGAGAAAAUCGACCGCAUUAUCACAAUCAUAGAUUGCUUCAUUGCAGCACCCAAAACAAAACAAGAAAUUUUGUCACUCCUCGGUCACCUCAAUUUUGCGAUGCGAGUCAUUCCACAAGGGAGACCGUUCAUUUCCAACCUCCUCUUAGCGGCAAAAUCUGUACCAGCGCUUCGCGACCUAGUCGAUAUUGAUGAGCAAUGUCUAACAGAUCUCGGAUUAUGGCGUCUAUUUCUUAGACAAUGGAAUGGUCUAUCUAUGUUUUAUGAGGAUCGCCUUUAUUCCCCCGAAGAUCUUCAGCUCUUUACCGACGCCGCGCCGUCUAUUGGGUUCGGGGGCUAUUUCAAGGGUCGGUGGUUUGCCAGCUCCUGGCCUCCAGAGCUAGCAAACCUGGCUUCAGGAGAAGCCUCUUCAGCCGUGUACGAAACAUAUCCAGUCGUCAUCGCUGCACUCUUGUGGGGCAAGGAGUGGUCUGGCAAAAGCGUUCUCGUUUACAGCGACAAUCAAGCUGUCGUGUUCGCCAUUAACAAAGGUCGCUCCAGCGCGCCUAUCAUUUGCCCUUUCUUGCGUCGCCUAGUCUGGACAGCCGCAUGCAACCAAUUUCUAAUUCAAGCUGACUAUGUUCCAGGGUGCCAUAAUGCAAUUGCUGACUCUCUUUCUCGUUUUGCAUUUCAGAAAUUCAGGACAUUAGCUCCAGAAGCGGACCCAGAACCGACGCCAGUGCCGCCUUAUUCGGAAACAAUCUUUCUUUAG